AUGAGUUCUGGCACAGGUAAGCCUGCUCUACAGGCAAAGACAGGGCAGGGCAACUUUGCCGCGGGCAUGCCCAGCACGCAGGCGAUACUGCUGGACAAGCUGAACCGUGGCUCGACUCCUGACUCCGAAGCCUUGGCGAGCUCAGACGACGAAGUUGACCCACUUCGUCAAGAACCUCCGCCUACCUCAACACAAGCUCCCAAGCAACCUGUCCGCCGGGCAUCAUGGCUGAAUGAUACGUCUCAACCACCACCGCCGCCCCGCCAGCGGAAAGAAUCGUUUGCGAGCACCUCCAUGUCUCCUACAACUUCCCACCCCAGCACGCCAGCUAUAGAUUCUGGAGUCGGUGCCUGGGGCACCCAUCCGGCUGCUUCUGCAGUCCAUGGCCGAUCCCAUGCUGGACCUAGUCCAUUCAGUACUACAUGGGGUGCAGGAAUCUGGACAAACGAGAGGAAUAACCCUCCCUCUCGUUUAGCAGAGGUCUUGCCUUCGCCGACAUCUGGCAUACCGCCUGGCAGCUCGGGCGGCUCGUUUUUUGAUAACGCGCUAGCUCAACAAUCGGUUGGCUCCAGAGAUACAGUCCCAAACCCUCAGAUUCCGUUCCCGAUUCCUCUCCAUCCUACGCCCAAAACCUAUCGAUCACAGUCGUACUCCGUUGGGCAGCUUGACCCAGAAACAUCUCUUCCUUCUGUUACUACAUCCGCGGUUCUGGGCGGUCGUUCGCGUCCGUUAGGCCAUCCCGGCUUGCAGCAUCGUCCUUCUCGGCCUAGUAUGUUGAGUGAGAUGGCAAAUGAUGGCUCCAUGCUUGGAAAAGUAAAUGAAGACGAUGACGAUGAUAGUACCGGCUCUCUCCAGGGAGCCAGUCAGCAGCAGUCCGCUGAAGCGAAAGCUAUUGAGUCGUUGAUGCGCGAGAAUGCUAUCCUGCGCCAGCAGAAUCAGUAUCAAAGUUCGCGUUUGAGACCUCGGGCAUCUACCUCGAGUGUGUUUGGGUUAGGAAACGCGUACCUCCAGGAGGCUGUUCCCGAAGAAUCAGAUUUUGCUGUUGAUGAGCUUGAUGAGGCGAACGAUGGGUCUGACCUCGGCAGGAGGAAUCUGGCCAGACGGAUGAGCGAGUUUGGUGUAGGCCCGUAUCGCACCCCUUAUAUGGCGGAUCAUAGGAAAGUUGAUAACACCAACCUAAAGAGGGCUCUCUGGCAAACAUCUCUCGGGUUCGGGGGACUGGGAGAUAUUCCGCAGAGCAGACGGCACUCGUUUGCUGAUGUGCCAGUCCGGCAGAACUCCAUUGCUUCUAUUGGGGAAGGGGUCGCACCACACGAAAUCGGUCCUCAUGAUUCUGCGCCUGACUACGCUUCUCCCGGUUAUUCUGAUGCUAUGGCACUGGCCAAUGCUGCUCAAGUACAAAACUACUUUACGGGAGGUUCAUCGCAUGCCCUCGCCCAGUCAGCCUAUGGAAAUCAGUUUCCGUCGCCAUACUCUAUGCUUCCCAACGCGUACGCCAACAGGCCCAACUCACCGCAUCGUAACAUGUACGGUGCAGCACAGCCGCGACAUGACCAGCCCCUCUACAUUGUCCUUUUCAAGUGUGCCAGGGCCGAUGUCUUCUAUAUCCAGGAAGGCACAGGGCUUACCGUGAAACCUGGCGACUUGGUCAUAGUGGAAGCUGACCGUGGCACGGAUCUCGGCACUGUCGCCAAGGAUAACGUUGACUGGAAGACUGCAAAGGAACUCAAGGAGCACUAUGCCGAGGAGCAAUAUAGAUGGCUCAUGAUGUACUCUCAGAACGCAGGAAUGGCCCAAGAUGGUGUUGGUGCUGGCCUUAUGGCGGCCUCAAACCUGCAAGGAAGUGCCGUUGGCGGCAUGGGGCCCGCCGGUCAACACCACAUCCAGGAGCCUACUUCAGGAGAACUGAAACCGAAAUUAAUCAAGAGGCUGGCGCAGGCUCACGAGAUUCACGCUCUGAGAGAGAAGGAGGGAAAUGAGGCCAAGGCCAAGCGAGUGUGCAUGCAAAAGGUCAAGGAGCAUGGCUUGAACAUGGAGAUUUUGGAUGCCGAGUUCCAGAUGGACUGGAAGAAACUGACCUUCUACUACUUCGCCGACUCCUACAUCAACUUCAAUUCUCUGGUUACCGAUCUCUUCAAGAUCUACAAAACUCGGAUCUGGAUGUCAGCUAUCAACCCCGCCUCUUUUGCGAGCCCUACCCUUGGCUUACAGGCGCCUAGCGGAAUUGGCCCCGGGGCUGUCGGUGUCAGCCGCGCCUCUGCAGCAACAGAACGCCGUCAAAACACGCAGCAACAUGACCAACAAAGCGUUUACACUGCUGCUGGUCAGACGGGGCGGAACAUCCAAGGGGGGUUCCCAGGCGCCUUCACCCCUGACCGGGCAACGGGACCAGGAUCUGGCUACUCUUUACAAACUUAUCCCUGGAAUUCUUACGUUCCGUUCGGGGCCGCUUCGAGACCCGGACCCGGACCCGGACCCGGACCCGGACUCGGAGGACUGUCAUACGCUGUGCCCGGUAUGAUGCCGAAUUCCGAUACCUACACAGCCGGUGGUUUCCCACCGGCGGUAGACUACUCUGCACGAUCCCGAUUCCCAACACCCCAGGCAAGCUCUGGGCAGCACGAACAGAUAGGCUCUGCACAAGGGGCACAGGCAGACUGGGCAACAGCGUUCCAAGGCCUUUCUCUCAAAUCGAACCCCCGUUGA